AUGGGAGUGCCGAGUUUUUUUGCAUGGGUCUGUUCGAUGUGUAAAGACUACACCAAAUAUCUUCCGAAGAACAUUCAAGAAGACGACUUGCGCGAGCAAAACCACUGUGGCCGAGAUUUCGACACCUUUUUCAUUGACUUUAAUGGGAUAGUCCACAACUGUUCCCAUCCGGCUCACGACGUCGCACCUGUUUCUGAGGCCGAGUUAUUUGAUCGUAUCUUUGCUCAACUUGAUCAUUACAUUAAUUACGUUCGUCCCCGGAAAUUAGUGUAUAUAGCAGUAGAUGGGGUUUGUCCCUUUGCGAAGAUAGUCCAACAGCGGAAGCGUCGCUACAUUAGUGCGCGCGGGAACUCGGGGACUUCUUUUGACUCGAAUUGUAUCACCCCGGGGACUCCCUUUAUGGAGCGCCUUUCCGUUGCUUUACACGCGUACGUUACGAAUCGAAUGGACACUAAUCUCUACUGGAGUUCACUGUCAGUCAUUUUAAGUAACCCUAAUGUCCCUGGAGAAGGCGAACAUAAGAUCUUCGACUUCCUUCGCAAAGAGUCGAAGAACACGGACUUUGCCAAUUUGAAGCAUUGCGUCUAUGGGAUGGACGCAGACUUAAUAAUGUUAACAUUAGCUUCUAACCUCCCCUUUGUCUACAUUAUAAGAGAAGAAAUGGAAUUCACUAAACCUAAUAUAAUCUGCGAUGUAUGCCAUCUUAACCAUCGUACUAAUCAACACGGGAAACCAGUCAAUUUGAUCUUAUGCGACCCAAAUGUGUUAAGUACUUGGCUUAUUACUGAAUGCGCGAAGACGUGCGAGAUGAAGAUGGAAGACAUCAGUCGCGUUGAAUUGAUCAACGACUUUGUGUUAAUCACAUUUUUGGUCGGGAACGACUUCUUACCUAAAAUCCCGUCUUUAAAAGUCCAGAGCGGCGGGAUGGAAAUCAUUCUGAAAUACUAUUGGCCGCUUUUUAAAGAGGGCAAACGACUGACAAAUGGCAUUAACAUCAAUUUACAUUUAUUAAAAGAAAUGUUCGCCAAAAUCACUACAGAAGAGAGUGAGUUGUUAAAGAUGGUUGUGCGCACUACAAAGAAGUCACAAGAGGUCAAACAAUAUGAUGCGGGACUUUACUUCGACUCUGCAGAUACUAUUAUGAUCCAUACACAAGGCUAUCAUACUCGAUAUUAUGACACACACUUUGGUAAGGCAAACAACACAGAAAACUUUUAUAAACAAAUAGUUGGGGAAUAUAUAGAAGGCCUCUUUUGGGUCUUUCAGUACUACACUGUAGGUGUUCCAUCAUGGAGAUGGUUCUAUCCAGAACACUACGCCCCCUUUGCAGAAGACAUCUAUAAAUACAUCGACUUGAAUCAAGAAGGUCUCUUCGAGCCAGAUGAACCAAUUCUGCCAAUGGAACAAUUGAUCUCCGUCUUACCACCACAAUCAUUUAAUAACAUCCCAAGCACUUUGGCGUCACUCGUCGUGUCAAAGCAAUCGCCAAUUUUAAACUACUUUAACACUACAUUUCGCACUGAUAUCAAUGGUGAAGCGAAAUUAUUCAAAGGAGUUCCUCAACUCGAUUUUAUAGAUCUUUCGAAGAUUGAGGAAUUGGUGGCGGAGAGGAUGGCCGAGCUCAAAGGAAGAGAAAUGAGGAGGAAUUCACGAUAUGGAGAGAACUUGUUGUACUUCACAACAGAAGGAGAGUACUCGGAGAUCAUGCCACUCUUCUUGGAUAUUCAAGUAAAGAACUUCGAAACUAUUCAAAAGGUCAAUGAGAAGAUCGAGAGCAACCCAGAAACUAUUUUGAAUGAAAAGGAAAUCGGAUGUUUGGAACUCACAACAAACCAAAGAAAGAUUUUACUCGGAAAGUUAUUGCCAGUCGUCGACACACAAUUCUUCGUCUCCCCAAAAUUGGAGUACUUGUUACCUGAAAGAGGUUUUCUUAAGAAAAUGAUGGAUAAACACGUCGUUAACGCUUAUUUCAGAUUACUUGACUAA